AUGCCUUCUCAACCCCCGGACAGUUUGAGCGUGGCUAUUCCUCCCAUUCACCCUCAGAACGCCGACACGCAAGAGCAGACCGCAGGCAAGAUGCCGUCCGUCACGGAAAAGGGCAUGCCAGGUGCACAGAAUCCUCCAGGGCCGCCGGGUGGUCCUCCUGGACCUCCUGGAGGUUGGCUUUGCCAAAGCAUGUCGUGGCCGCGAGAAAUCCUGUUCAAUAUCAUGGUGGCUUUCCUUCAGCUGAUUCCACAAUCGACCUUGACAACAGUCUUCCCAGUGAGCCAUGAUAUCGCCCGAUCGUUUUCUAUCGCCAAUCCUUCGGUGCUACCGUGGCUCGUCGCUGCCUACGCCGUGUCUUUUGGAACCUUUAUCCUCAUUGGAGGACGACUGGGUGACAUCUUCGGCCACAAGACCAUGGUGGUGAUUGGUUAUUGCUUCCUCAGCUCCUGGAGCGUUGUUGCAGGCCUGAGCCACUAUGCAGGAUAUGAGCUCUUCUUUGUCGCAAGAGGAUUUCAAGGUCUGGGCGCCAGUCUCAUGGUGCCAAACGGUCUCGCUGUGUUGGGACGAACUUAUCCACCUGGAUCCAAACAAAAAAUCUUCGCCUUUACACUGUUCGGCCUCUGUGCACCAGUCGGGGCGUACCUGGGUAUGAUCUUCGGUGCGCUUUUCACCAAAUUCGCCUUUUGGUGGUGGAGCUUCUAUACUCUCGCCAUUGUGAGCUGUCUUUUGGCUGUAUUGGCACACCUUGUGCUGCCUUCCCCACCACCCACACCAAAGCAGUUGCGCCCUGUCCGAGAAAAGCUUGGAGACAUGGACUGGCUUGGGGCCAUUACUGGUGUUGGUGGCUUGAUCUGUGUCCAAGUGUCUCUGGUCUCAGCACCGGCCUCCGGUUGGAGCACUCAAUACAUUUUCAUGCUUCUAAUCAUCGGCUUCCUGUUGAUUGCUUUCUUCAUCGUUGUCGAACUCAAGGUCGCAGAACAACCACUUGUCCCAUUCAAAAUGCUCAGGGUUGAUGUCGGAUUCGUUCUCGGCGCCGUCGCGUGUGGUUGGGCAACAUUUGGAAUUUGGACAUGGUUUCUUUGGAAGUUUCUGCUAGGGAUCAAACGAGAAAGCCCGCUCGAAGCUGCCUUGCAUGUGGUGCCGAUUGUGCCGGUUGCAUUGAUUGCUUCCGUUUUGACCGCUUGGAUGAUGCGGAAAUGCCGACCGUCAUGGACCCUUUUCUGGGCAUUGGUCGCAUUCACCUUGGGUCCAUUGCUGCUGGCCAUCGACUCCAAUGUUGAUAGGACCCGAUACUGGACCUGGACCUUCGUCAGCCUGAUCGUCAUGCCAUUUGGAAUGGACAUGUCCUUCCCGGCUGCGACAUUGAUCAUGUCCAACUUCUUCCCGCCCCACCAGCAGGGUGUAGCCGGUAGCCUCAUCAGCACCGUCGUCAACUACUCCAUUUCCCUUGGUCUCGGUCUGGCGUCCACGGUCGAGGUCCAUGUCAAUAACCACGGCCGAGAUCGCCUGGCUGGCAUUCGUGGCGGCUGGUUCAUGGGUGUCGGCCUGGGAGGGUUAGGAGUUGUGAUCAGUGUUGCGUUUGUCAUCAAGUCCAUCCUCCAUCCGACCUCACCACUUCCGAAAGGGCCACCUCUACCCAAUGCAAGUGGUCCAGCCAUGCAAAAUAGACCUCAAGAGCCUUUGCAGCGCAAGACUCGUAGCGAAACCACCUCGAGUGGAGCGACAACCAUGGUCCCUGAUAGUGCAGGUCCAGUGGGCUUCCAACAAAGCGAGAUGGAGCUGUUCAAGUCAUUCAAUUUUGAUACGUCACCAUCGACAGCCACGACCCCGAGGCCACGGAGCCGGUCUUACAGCAACAUCAACACCACGACUCCGCUGAGUCCUAACGCCAUUUCCACCUCAUCGCCAUCACGGGCAAAGUCGAGAGAAACCUCGAAACCAAACAUCUUCCACCACCGCCAGGACAGCUUCUCGCCUCUCCACUCCCGAUUUAACUCCGAGUCUCAGUUGGCCUCCCACCCGGCUCAGCCACCAACAUCCCAGUCCCUUCCAAAAACGCAAACCCCUCUCGAACUCGACCCCGACUACGGCCCGCGUAGUAGUUGGGAGAGUGAGCAAGAGGAAGGCUACCGGGCCGCCGGCCAGCGGAGUCCUCAGCUCCAUGAUCGAGAUCGACCGAGGUCAUAUGAAGCCAGGUUUGUGCAUGGAUCUGAGCGCCGCGAUGUGGACGGGUUUGGAUACGAUUCUCGUCCUAUCAUCCCACGGCAGAUAAUGGGUGACAGAUUCUAG